GUGAUGACGCAUCAAGCACGCUGGCAGUUUGCGACGCGCUUGUUAUUUUUCGUGGAGGGCUCAUUUGGCCAUAAAGUAUUAACAGCAAACCCAAAUUUUCUACGUCGACAAAAUGUCAUUCCAAGACGAUGAAUCGGACAUCGAACUCGCUGGUCAAUCGAAGUUGGAGAGCUUCCUGUUCAGCUGCGAGCUGUCCUCUAAAGUCCCUUUCUACACUUUCCAAGGAGACGAAGAGGAGGACCUGGAGCACUUCCUUGAGCUCAGAACAGUUUGUCUGGGAGAGGGUGCCAAGGAGGAGAGUAAUGUGGUAGAGGUAACGGCCAUGAACCACCAAGGAAAGACCAUUUCCGUGCCCAUCGCCAACCUUCACGUCAGCUGUCUGCCCAUGGUGAGUCUGGGAGAGUUUGAGCUCAAAGCCCCAGUGACCAUCCGUCUGAAGGCUGGAGCUGGACCAGUCACUGUCAGUGGGUUACACCUCAUAGCCUCACAGGUUGAAGAGUCGGACCUGUCUGAGGAUGACGAGGAUGAUGAUGAGGACGAGGAGGAAGAGCUCUCCCCUAUUAAACCAGCAAAGAAGAAGAAGCAGCAGCAGUAGACGGAGAGAAGUCACUGUUGGGUUUUUUGGAAUGGCUCCACUCACUUGCUGAUACGUUUUUAACAAAAACAGUUUUUUGUACCGGACUGACACAUUUUACAAAGCUUCUACUUCUACACAGCCAAGUGAAAACUCAAGUGUGGUGGCAGCUGAACACGCUGUUGGAGGAAGUGACAUCAUGCCACCUCUCCGGCCGUCAGUUUCUCACAGCGAGCUCUUAGUCUCAGCGGUGAAGACAUUCACUUAUAGAAGAACUGUUUUUGCUAUUUAAUGCUACACAGUGGUUUGUACUGUAUAUGAUACAGUCUCCACUCACUGUCAUGGAUUUAUUGUUCCAGUGGUGGAAAAAUGUGUCUUUUACCACCAGUGGAUUCUGGUAUUGUUCAUAGAUACUGUUCUUGUCAAACGUAAAAUCAUUGUGUAUGUGUGUACUUCCUGUACGGACACGAAAUCAGUUUCCAGAUGAGUUCCAAGUCCAACUGAAUGGUGCAAUCAGAUGAGUUACAUACAUACAGUUUAUUAAAUGUAUAAACAGUAUCAGUAUCUCCAUUUCCAGUCAUUUGUAGUUCCAAAAAUACUGUUUUUCUAUGUGAUAUGUCAAUCAUAAAUGUGAAGAUUUUGUACUUAUAUUGAAUGCAUCAAGAAGACUUGUGUGUGUGUGUGUGUUAAUUUGUUUUCCCUUUCGAAAUCCUAAAUACAUAUUUUUUAGCUUA